AUGUCUGAAAUGUACAUCUUUCUGGCUACAGUUCUGCUCAUGGGCUUGAUCUGGAAAAAAUCUGUGAGAGAGUACUGGUCCACUGAUCCUGUUAUGGCAACUCCUUUCUUUUCUACCCUUUUCUCUCUCGAUCGCUUCCUUCUGCUCCUAACACACAGCGCAGAUCGUAGACCCCCUGACCAAAAUUUCUACCCUUUCCAAAAUAUGUGCAUUGAUGAGUCGCUUAUGCUAUGGAAGGGAAGACUCUCAUUCAUGCAGUACAUUCCCUCAAAGCAACAUCAUUUCGGCAUCAAAUUUUUCAUCAUCUGCGAUGUGAAGACCAGGUACAUUUUGAAUGUUAUUGUUUAUACAGGUGGCACUACUGAUAUUCUUCAUGACAUAGAUCUCGGUGCGUCCGGCUCUGUUGUCUUAAGUCUCAUGAAGCCUUACCUGGGCAAAGGCCACAUUGUCUGCACAGAUAAUUGGUAUAACAGCCCAGCCCUAUUUGAGUGUCUGCACAGCCAAGACACAGAUGCAUGUGGCACUGUGCGAUCCAACAGAAAAAGAAUGCCCCAGUUCAAAACUAAAUUAGAAAAAGGCGAAGUCCAUUUUUUACACACGGACAAGUUGCUGGCUACGAAGUGGCGUGACAAAAGAGAUGUGCAUAUCCUCACCUCUGUGCAUAGGCCUGUGAUGAAAGUGACCAACAAUGUCGAUCACGCCACUGGAGAUAACAAGGUGAAACCAGAGUGUGUGCUGGAGUACAACCAGAAAAUGGGCUCGGUGGACAAAUCGGACAUGCAAAUUAGUUUUGUCGAUUGUGCAAGGAAGUGGUACAAAAAGUUAUUCUUCCACUUGUUUGACAUGGCCGUGUUGAACGCCUUCAUCCUCCACAAAACUGCAUCCAAAAAAAAAAAAACAGUCACUUUCAGCAAGUUCAGGCACAACCUCAUCUCGUACACAGCGCAGGUGUCACGUCUGUAG